AGGAAAAGAAAAAGAAGAAGAAGAUAAAUACAAGAAGCGUAGCUGCAUUUCAAAAUCAGAAAAAAAAAGAAACACAAAAACUCACAAAAGCAGCCAAGCUGCGUAACAAAGAAAAACAAACAAAAAAAAUUAAAGAAAAGGAAAGAGAACAAAAAAAACAAAUGAGAUAAGAUGGACAAGUCGGCCAACAAAAACAAGGGAGGAUAGAGUGAACAACAACAGCACAUGGCUGCGGCCAAAUCAAAAUAAAAGAUAGCUGCAAGGAAAAGAGGCAAGUUGGAAGGAAAAAAACAAAGCCACCUGCUAGGAACGAGGAAAAAUUCAUUCAGCCGCAGAAACAAUUGACACAGCUCUUGGCAGCAGGGUAAGGGCAGUUCUUGGCAGAGCAAAAUCAAGAUAGCAGCUGGCCGGAAGGGAAGAAACGCAGGACGAAAACCGCAGCCAGCUACUCCAUGUUCAUUCAUCUUUCAAUCUUAGUUGUUAAGGUUUUGUGUUAAAUUUCUUCUUUAAUUUCAUGUUUGAGUAAGCUUUAAAUUUCACUCUUGGAUUAUUUAUCAUUUGGAUUUACUCUUAAGUUGGAUUUUGAACUAUUAUUAUGUUGAAUGAAUUUGUAUUUGAAUUAUAUGUUUCCUUAUAUUACUUUAGCUCCUCCAUUAAUUGUAUUAGUUUCUUGAUAAUUAUGUUAGGCUAAAUUUUCAUGGGGUUUGGAUUUGGAUAAAGUUAAGGUUAAUGGGUGUUCUUGAAUAUUGAAUUAAAUUUAGGAAGUUUCUCCAAUUUUUAGGACUAGUUGUUUGAGAUGAAAUGAAAGAGUAAUUUGUGAAAUUGAUCACUUCACUUUUGAAUGUUUGGAAAAAAUGAUUCUUGCUUGUCUAUGAGUGUAGAAUUAAUUUAGCUCACAUCUCACACACCCUAAACUAAGCCUAGAAAUAGGACAUGUUAGGGGAAUUAAAAUCAAGUUCUUGUCUGUGAGAAUUAAUAUGUCACUAUUCUUAGAUUGGAGAAAUUAUUCUUUUUUUUUGUUCAUAAUCCAAAGACACCCAAGAUCCUUAAUUCCAAAUCUAAACCCCCAUUUUAAUUAGUUAUUUUAUUGUCACUAGUCACAUUAAAUUUACUUUUUAUUAUUUUAUUUUUGAAACUUUACUCAUCCACAAGUUUGCUAAUUUAAUAUUUUAAUUAGUUAAUAUUCUCUCUCAAGUAAUUUUGCAUGUUCACUAGUUUUAGUUUACUCAUUAAUACCGUUUAAUUAAAUUCUUCAUUACUACUUUUGUUGUUUAUUUUUAUUUGCUUAAUCAUUAUAACAAUUAAUCGUUUGAGAAAGCUUGCAACGACUCGUACUAAUCGGGGACCGAUAUUGAAACCAACACUUCCCUCCGCCACUCCUCAGAGACACGAUACUCGGGGAUAAACUUUUCCAUACGGAAGGGUUAAACUCCGUUUUACUACAACGCCGCGAAAGCGGGUUAUCAGAUGGUCACUGUGGGGGUCCCGGACUCCUUCCCACUCCUCGUUAAAACAGUGACUCCCGCACGAGGUUAGCAAAAACGUUUGCUUUAAUGAUUCUAAAAUGUUGAUCUACUCGAUAACAUUGGAAGAGUAUGCGGGAUACUCGUGAAAGAAUCACCUAUGUGAGAGAGAAGAGGGCCGCUUCAAAGGAGAACUGUAAAGGCUCAGUUCUUUAGAAACUCUUGCAGAACCAGGACGGUGACCCAUGGCCAAAACGGGCACACCCAUGAGAACGGGACAAAGUUGGAAGGUUCUUGUGUAAAGAUAAGUCAAUGUUUACACGACGGCAGUAUAGUUCAAGGACAUCGAGUCUACUAGACAGCCAGUAAAUAAACGUGUCUUUACAACGAAAGGUUCAAAGGAUAAAACCUACCUCUCCGUAUGCAAGGAUCAUCCGGUGAACACAAUGUGUCCUCCUAUCUUCGUGUCUUUUUAAGUCUCGAAAAUCAAUUUUCAUUCAUGUGGGGGAUUGUUGGAAAAAUGUGUUAAAAUUGCAUUAAAUGGUCUUUUUGGGGCAAUUAUUUGAGUGGGGUCCACUUACGAUUUGGGUCGGGUCAGAGUGGUUUCGGAUCUUCCUUGUUAAGGGCUACAAUUCGAUAUAUGGUACACUCAAAACGGAUAACGGGUGAAUGAGAAAUUGAUUCUCGAAGUUCACUCGUUGAAAUGGAAAAACUGGGAAAAUGGUGAAUUUCUAGUGUGUUUUAUCCCACACCGAAAAACUCAAGGGAUUUUCACCCCCUUAUAAAGGGAAGCCUCUUUUAAGGAGUUAAGAUUCCUAAAGGGAAAGACUCUCUCUUACGCGCAGGGGGGGUGUCGAUCAAAUCCCGAAACGGAGAAGAAAAACCGCGACUCGUGUGCGCGGGCGACCUGCGGACACGAAUGUCGUCCGAAAACCUAUCAUUCAAAGAUACGGUCUGGUGGAGGUCUUCUGGUAGCAUCAGAACUGCUCCAACUCUGGUGGGGGUAUUCUGAUCGCGCACCAGAACUGCUCCAAGCCGUUACAACCAUUAAAUGUCCAACGUUCUUGUCUUUUAAUGCAACGUUAAAUGGACAGUUUAUGGAUGAUUCAAUGCCCAACGGACUGGUCAUUGAAGUCCAACGUUCAGGUCCAUUAACACCCCAUUUAACACACAACAAAUCCUCCUAUAAAAAGCUGGCAGGUGGUUUGCAACAACAACAACGCACAAUACAUUCCUCACGAAUUUUUUGAGCUAAAAACACCUAAAACUACUCAGCAAACUUCCUUCUGUGUUCAUACUUGGUUCUCGUUCGCUGGAACUCUUGUUUGUGUGCUCAAACAUUAGUUCGUAGUCAUCGUAUCCUGGGAAACGAUUGUUGCAACGCUCCUAGCACCGUGGGAGGCAACAAAUACGUUUUAAGGAAAUCGUGCGUAGCACGAGCUUUGACUAAUUCUGCUUCAUCUCCUUUCCUGUUUAUCUUUAGUCAUUUUAUUUAAUUAAUUUAUUUUAAUUAAUUUUCUUUAUUUUCCGAAACACACCCAACAAUAUACUCCAAAUUUUCUAAUACUACUUUUUCAUUUUAACGACUUACUUAGUACUCCGUAAUACAUAAGUAUAAUUGUAUAUACUGUAACUAAAAUGAAGUUAAUACUAAUACUAGUUAAAAAAAGAAAAUUGCUUUUUGUACACAAAAGUGUACACUUUAGUGUACACCAUAUAAAUAGAUUUUUUUGAUGAAAUUCAUAUUAAAUCAUAAAUACGUUGUACAAAUUAUUCUAUUAUUUAUGUACAUAAUUUGGUAGAGUUAGUACUGUAAUUAUAUUUAUGGUAGUUACCAAGCGUGUAGCCUAAUUACAAAGAUCUCUCCUAUUAGUUAGGAGAUAAUAUCUCCACUAUCAUGUAUUUAUACACCCAUGCGGCCAACUAUGAUAGACACGAAUAAUACAAAAUAUUUUUCUUCUUUAUUGUUCAAUAUGGUAUCAAAGAGUCUGAUCUUUUGAGAGCUGUAUUUUUUUUUUUCGUUCUUCGAUCCUGCAUCAUGGCGACUGACGCCCAUACUUCAGUUGUUCAUCUCACGGCCACGAAUCACUUUCCCAUCAAACUUACCUCCAUCAACUUUCCGGUUUGGAGAUGCCAAGUUCAAUCCGCUUUUAUUGGAUUAGGACUUGAAGGACAUAUCACGGGGACUACCACCGCACCAGAUCAGUUCACCGAUGCCGCAAAAACGCAACCAAAUCCAUUGUACCUUCGUUGGUAUCGUCAGGAUAAAAUGAUUAUUAGUGCCCUCCUCGGCAGCUGCUCCGAAACUAUUCAGUCGGUCAUCUCCUCGGCUACCACUGCUAAAGAAGCAUGGGACAAACUGAGUCUCACAUUCGCUAGCUCCUCCCGCGGCAGAAUCAUUUCGCUCAAAAAUGCUCUAGCCCGCACCAAGAAGGGCUCCAACUCUAUCCUCACAUAUCUAGCCGAGAUGCAGGCCAUUGCGGAUGCUUUGGCACUGGCACAAAAUCCGGUUCCAGAAGAGGACCUAGUUAUCGGUGUUUUGAACGGUCUAGGACUGAAAUAUAAUGAAUUGAUCUCUGCCAUAAGAAUUCGCCCCACAACGCUGCCCAUGGCGGAACUACAGGAAAUCUUGCUAGAGCUUGAAACGCGUCAAAAAGAGCAAUCUGCGGCAGUGGAAUCACUUCUUCCUGGCUGCGGCCGUACACAACCAAUAAGCUAGAUCCGUGCUCCACGCCUUGCGUUUUUCUAGGAUACUCCCUCAGCCAGUCUGCUUCUUAUUGUCUUGAUCCUUCCUCUGGCCGCAUUUAUACCUCGCGUCAUGUCCGGUUUCUCGAAUCUAUUUUCCCGUUUCACAACCUCAACGCUUAUUCUGGUGAUUCUACACAUGUCCAACACAUUCCAACUGGCACCCAUGUACACGACCAGCGUGUUCGUCCUCUACAGUAUACGGUACUCCCCCAUCUCUGGUCAAACAUACCUAUGCACACACUGCCCCAUCAACCUGGUCAAAACCCAUCUCCCACUGAUCUUCCCGUUUCCCUCCACGCGUCACCUCACACUCACACACACGAGUCAGCCACUCCUGCAUCACCUACACCCUCUGACCAAACCACCGACUCAUCUGAUCACUCUACCCAUUCACCUGACAUAUCCCAGCAUCCCAUCGUACCCACCGUCACCCAAAACCCAAUGCCCAUCUCCAUAAACCCCGAAUCCAGCCACGCCACUACAACCCCUAAUCAAAACCCACCCACUCACUUACAUCGACCUGUCCGUCAAAGAAAACCCAAUUCCCGGUAUCUUGGAGGUCCAUUUUUAAAUCACACCACCACCCAGUAUCCUUUAACCACCUCUGAACCCACUAGUGUUUAGCAAGCACUUACCGAUCCCAACUGGAAAUGAGCUAUGGAUGAAAAAUACGAUGCCCUAUGCCGGAAUCACAUGUGGGACCUUGUCCCCCGUCCCGUUCAACAGCCGGUCACCUGCAAGUGGCUCUUUUGUAUUAAACGAAAUCCUGAUGGUUCCAUAGCCCGGUACAAGGCCAGGCCGGUGGCCCGAGGUUUCAUGCAGCAGCUUGGCCGAGAUUACUAUGAUGCGUUCAGUCCGGUUACUAAACCGGACACCAUUCGUAUUAUUAUGUCUAUUGCUCUCGCUCGGGACUGGUCACUUCGGCAGUUAGACGUUAACAACGCUUUUUUGCAUGGGACACUAGCGGAAGAGGUGUACAUGAUUCAACCUCCCGGCUAUAUUGAUCACCAACACUCUACACAUGUAUGUCGCUUACGGAAGGCCAUCUAUGGCUUAAAACAGGCACCCCGUGCCUGGUAUCUGGAACUUUCCUGGUUCCUUCUCUCGGCUGGUUUUCGAAGAUCCAAAGCGGAUGCCUCACUAUUUAUUUACUCUCAUGAUAACACUCACAUUUAUUUUCUUGUAUAUGUGGAUGAUAUUGUCUUGACAGGAAAUGAUAAUCGAGCUCUAGAAUUAUUUAUUUCUAAGUUGACACGACGAUUUUCAGUAAAGGAUUUGGGGCCCCUUCAUCACUUCUUGGGAGUAGAGGUUAUUCCACACUCGGAUGGUUUGUUCCUCACACAACGGCAGUACACUCUCCAUAUUCUGGAAACUUGCAAAAUGAGUGAAGCGAAGGGGGUGAUGACACCCAUGACCUCUACGGUGACAAUUUCCUCGGAUGACAAUGGAGUUUCGGUUGAUGUCACACAGUACCAGCAAGCUCUCGGACUACUACGAUAUUUGGCAUUCACUAGACCGGACAUAUCCUUCGCAGUGAAUAAACUAUCUCAAUACAUGCAACGUCCCACUCAAAACCACUGGCAGGCUGUUAAACGUAUCCUAAGGUACCUUAAGAGUACUUUGAACUUUGGGCUUGUGUUGCGUUGAUCCACUGGGCUGCAUCUCUCAACUUUCUCCGACAAUGAUUGGGGUGGGGUCCACGAUCAUGGGCGUUCCACCACAGCUUAUGUUUUAUAUCUUGGGUCCAACAUUAUUUCGUGGAAGUCAGCUAAGCAAAAAUGCGUCUCCAGAUCAUCCACCGAGGCGAAAUACCGAGUUGUUGCAAAUGCAAGCGCUGAAAUGAUGUGGGUACGUCAUCUCCUUCUUGAUCUAGGUAUCCGUUGUUCUACCACGCCAUCAUUGUAUUGUGACAAUCUCAGAGCUACGUAUGUAUGUGCCAACCCUGUGUUCCACUCUCGCAUGAAACAUCUUGCAUUAGACUAUUUUUUUGUUCGUGAUCUAGUGGAGAAGGGUUUUCUCAAAGUUCAUCAUAUAUAUAGCAAACUUCAGAUUGCCGGUGUCCUUACAAAACCACUUGGCCGAUCUCAGUUUGAAGCGUUUCGUACCAAGAUGGGAGUCUCCAACGGCGCCUCCAUCUUGCGGGGGGCGUAUUAAAUCAUAAAUACAUUGUACAAAUUAUUCUAUUAUUUAUGUACAUAAUUUGGUGGAGUUAGUACUGUAAUUAUAUUUAUGGUAGUUACCAAGCGUGUAGCCUAAUUACAAAGAUCUCUCCUAUUAGUUAGGAGAUAAUAUCUCCACUAUCAUGUAUUUAUACACCCAUGUGGCCAACUAUGAUAGACACGAAUAAUACAAAAUAUUCUUUUUCUUUAUUGUUCAAUAAUUCAUACCAAUAAUCCAUACUAUUAGCGGUUCUACAAUAAUAAUCUCUACCGAAGAUAUCUAUAGAUAUAAUUCAUACUCAUAAACACGUCUACAUAGAUAGAUUAGAUUAAUCUUUUUAAUUUUUAAUAUAUAAAGAUACAGUAUUGACUUUGUUCACCAUUGUCAUAAAUUUAAGUUUAUUAUUUUUUAUAUCAUACUAUAAUUAUUUUUUUGAAGGAUAAUAAUCUAUGGUUUAAUCUAUCUAUAUAGACGCAUUUGACUCGACGUGCAUUAUUUUAUUUUCUGAUAAUUUUGAACUUUGGUACUUAGGAAAAAUGACGUUGCGUGGUUUAAUUUUUAUUUUGGUUUGAAUAAGCAAGACUGCAAGACAAUUUAUCACUUCAGUAUAAAUUUCAUAAAAAAAGACGCAUUUACGAGUUUGGAUUAUUUGUAUUGACUUUUCCAGUAGAGAUUAUUAUAGAACCACCAAACGUACGAAUUAUCGGUAUGAAUUUCACCAUUUAUUUUACCAAAUUUUAGCCCCCCCCCCCCCCCCCCAAACCACACAUGCUUCUCUUCUUACUCUCUCUUGUAUUUUCUUCUUCCUCUCCAAGCUUUCUUGUUAGACAUCACCCUCUUCACUCUCCUAUUAUAAAGGGCCAUAUUUUCAUUGUUUAGGAAUGGAUUUUAUAACACCAAUAAGUGGAGAAGAUUGAUAUGAAGAGUUGUUGAUGGAAACGACGACGGCAACCGGAUAUGGUAAUACCAUUUCAAACCAUGGGGAACGGCUAAACAGGAACAUGGACGCCAUGGAUGAUUUAGGUAGCUGUGUAGAAGAUGUUUAUUGUUUGUUCUCUUUAUUUUUGCAUUUUUUGGGAUAAAAAAUGAGUUCUUCUUGCAGUCCCUGUGUACACAGACGACUUAUAAUUAUCGUGUACACAGACAACUAAUAUACACGGACAACUAAUAUCUGUAUACAGACAUUUAGUUUGUAAAAGGUGUUUAUGGUGUUUUUUGUAUUAAUGUGAACACAAAGACGAGUUUGUAAUGCAAUCCAUGUAUACAUGCAUGACUUAUUUUCGAACACGAGUGCCGGAGAUAACCAUUCCAAUUACGUGAGUAUAGUGCACCUUGUAGCCAUCCAUCUUCUAUUUGUGCUAUGAUGACACAAGUGAUGGAGAUAACCACAAUGGUACAAGAUGACCACAGACAACAAAUUUUUGAUCCAAAAUAUUCAAAAAGCAAAAGUGCUUCAAGAAAAAAUAGACAGAAGGGGCCAGUUGAGGUGAAUGAAAAUGGAUCCAAAAGAAAUGUUGAAACUACGAUGCCAAUCACAUUCAAUGAUGAUAUAGACUUGAAUCUUCAUUUGUUUUGAAUUAAUGUUGUGUUUCGUACAUGUCGUGACCUCCAUGUAAAUUGAAUGAUGACGACGACUAUGUACUUAUUUGAAUAUAAACAUUGUAUUUUUUGUGCACAAUGAAUAUAAACUAGAAAUAUUUUACAAAUAUAAUGCAUUGUAGUAAACAGUAUUCUACAAAAAUGUGCAUUGUUCAUCC